GGCUCGCGUGAAGGUAUUUUGCGUGUGAAACACUAGGACAUAUAAAAGCGACGAUGGCCUUCAGCCGUUCCGAUAUUUAAUCCGUUCUUUCUUCGCGCUGCUCUGUUUGAUGACAUAUUCACUCAGUGGAAACCAGGAUGCCAUGUUGACAUGCAUAGGCGCGCGACGCGCUGCGAACGAAGUCCUCCUUCUUCUUUCCCAUCGUGUAGACAAGCAGGGGGACCCUGGAAGCCUCCCGCUAUGCUAGUCCUGCGACUGUCGGUAAUCUUGGUCUUUGCUGCCAGUCUGUGUUGUGGAAAUGAGCGUCUCAAUUCCAAGUUAAAACUGGCGCAGCUCAUGAAGAAUAUAUCCUGGCAGCAUGACAUCGGCUUGUCGAAUACGCUAAGGAAAUCGGUCCUAGAUAUCCUUGAGCAGCAGCCAGAGCCUGGACAACGAAUGAUGGCAUUCCGCGCCAUUGGUGAGCCAGAAGGAUUCCGCAGUUUAGGCAGUAGGAGCCAAAGGACGAGGCUGGAGCGCCGAAGUUUGGACACGCCAGGCAGUAGAAGCGCCGUGGACGUGAGAACCAUGAAGUUUGAAAGAGGUCGCCCACAUAUCUACGAGAAACGCACACAGAAAGGUGUUGAGCUUUCUUGUUCCGUUGGCUACCAGGCACAGGUGUCCAUAUUUUGGACAUUGAAUGGAAGACCCCUGGAAGAUUACGACCUGUUGUCUGAAGAGACAGUGCCAGAAGGCCGCGUAUCCAAUCUUGUUAUUAAGAACCUGGCAAGACUUCCUACAAGCACAGGAGUGUACACGUUUAAUUGCACCACGCUAACGGACUAUGACCUGUCAACCGUUCACUUGGAUGUGAACAUUCCGCUAAGCGACAUGUGCAAAGACGCCGACUGCUCUGAGAGGAUGGCUGUGUGCCGUGACAUGUCUUGCGCUUGUGAGGGCUACUACAAAGUUCGUUUGACGUCAAAGCAUGUCACCUGUCGCGAUGAAUCCUACCUGGAAACCCCCUGCAUGUAUAACGAACAGUGUCUUAGUACCACGAAGCACAGCGAAUGCACUAGUAAAGGAUGGUGUGCUUGUGUGAAGGGUUACGGUCGUACAGAUCACAACAAGUGCGUUCCUAAAGUGGGCGUCAGAUCACGUUGUAACUCAGAGGACGAGUGCGCAGACUAUGAUGCUACGUGCAUUUUGAACCAUUGUACUUGCUUCAGUCACAAGAGAGAAUUAGGAGACCGCUGUGUCAGCAUUAGCAGUCUUAGCACUUCUAUGGAAGGCUAUAAAUUCAGCGCUGGAGAUCGCAGUGCACCACCGACUGUUUCCUUAGUCCUAGUGCUUUGGGGCCUCAGGCUCAUAUAAUGCUGAACAAAGAUAUAAUUUGCUUUGGA